GCUCGCCGGCUCCCACGCCCCCGCACCUCGCGCCCGAUCCGCGCGUUCCGAAGAGCCCCCCCUCCCCCUCGGGCGGCCGCCGCCGGCGAUGCUGCAAGAAACUUCUUAAAUGACCGCGUCCCGCUGCCCCGCCGAGCGUUUCUGGGUUGGGGAGAGGAAAGGAAAGUGGAAAAAAACUGAGAACUUCCUGAUCCCUUUCGCUGUGAGACAUGUCUGAGACUCCUGCUCAGUGUAGCAUUAAGCAGGAACGAAUUUCAUACACACCCCCAGAGAGUCCGGUGGCAAGCUACGGAUCUUCGACUCCACUUCAUGUUCCAGUGCCUCGAGCGCUCAGGAUGGAGGAAGACUCAAUCCACCUGCCAGCACACCUUCGUUUGCAGCCGAUUUACUGGAGCAGAGAUGACGUAGCCCAGUGGCUCAAGUGGGCAGAAAAUGAGUUUUCUUUAAGGCCCAUUGAGAGCAACACAUUCGAGAUGAAUGGCAAGGCCCUCCUGCUGCUGACCAAAGAGGACUUCCGCUACCGAUCUCCUCAUUCAGGCGAUGUGCUCUACGAACUCCUUCAGCAUAUCCUGAAGCAGAGGAAACCUCGAAUUCUCUUCUCGCCAUUUUUCCACCCUGGGAACUCUAUCCACACCAAGCCAGAGGUCCUUCUGCAUCAGAACCAUGAAGAAGAUAACUGUGUCCAGAGAACACCCAGGACACCGGCGGAGAGCGUGCACCACAACCCUCCCACCAUUGAACUCUUACAUCGCCCUAGGUCACCUAUCCCCACAAACCACAGGCCUUCUCCUGACCCCGAGCAGCAGCGGCCCCUGCGCUCCCCCCUGGACAACAUGAUCCGACGCCUCUCGCCAGCGGAGAGAGCCCAGGGGCCAAGGCUACAGCAGGAGAAUAACCACCAGGAAUCCUACCCCCUGUCAGUGUCUCCUAUGGAGAAUAAUCACUGCCCUCCAUCCUCGGAGUCGAACCCGAAGCCCUCGAGCCCCUGGCAGGAGAGCACACGCGUGAUCCAACUGAUGCCCAGCCCCAUCAUGCACCCCUUGAUCCUGAACCCCCGGCACUCGGUAGACUUCAAACAGUCCCGGCUCUCUGAAGACGGGCUGCAUCGGGAAGGGAAGCCCAUCAACCUGUCUCAUCGGGAGGACCUGGCUUACAUGAACCACAUCAUGGUCUCUGUGUCCCCACCUGAAGAGCACGCCAUGCCCAUUGGGAGAAUAGCAGACUGUAGACUGCUUUGGGAUUACGUCUAUCAGUUGCUCUCUGACAGCCGGUACGAAAACUUCAUCCGAUGGGAGGACAAAGAAUCCAAAAUAUUCCGGAUAGUGGAUCCCAACGGACUGGCUCGACUCUGGGGAAACCAUAAGAACAGAACAAACAUGACCUAUGAGAAAAUGUCCAGAGCCCUGCGCCACUACUACAAACUAAACAUUAUCAGGAAGGAGCCCGGACAAAGGCUUUUGUUCAGGUUCAUGAAAACCCCGGAUGAGAUCAUGAGUGGCCGGACAGACCGCCUAGAACACCUCGAGUCUCAGGAGCUGGAUGAACAAACGUAUCAAGAGGAUGAAUGUUAAGGGAACCUACCACAGCCUCACCGGUGGGCUGGCCAAGAGGAAACCUGCUCACAGGGACCGCGGGAGGCGUGAUGGAACAGGCGAGCUAGGGAUGGCUGAAAAGGAAGACACCCAGGAAGAGCGGGAACACUUCUCCUGCAGAUCAAGAGGGACCCAGAGCACCUUAGACAAGCCACCCAGCAAUGGCAGGGCUGGAAUUCUGGCGGAGGGCACAAGCCUGAGACUCACACGUCACGUUUUGCUUCUCCAUCGGAUCUCUUGUCUGUAACCCUCACCCUCACCCUGCACCUGUUGUUAGUCUCAUGGUGUUUCUGGUUUUGUUUUGUUUUUUUUUUUGUUUUUGUUUUUGUUUUUGUUUUUUUUAAGAACAUGCAGUUUGACUAUUCAUCAUUCAUACAGGGAAGACAUCACAUGUUGCUUUCCUAUGGAAAUAUAUCUAUUAUAUAUAUUAUUA